GAGUUCCACGUUCUACUCUGUGGCGGAAGUGUGAAUCCAAGUGUGUUAGAUACGAAAUAAUUUACCGUACUGAACUUUUCUCACACAUUCGCACGAGUUAUCGGUUGCAGUGUAAUAUUGUCUGUUCCGACCGCACGAUUGCGUAAAUAAAUUAUUCCAAGCUGAGACAAGCCUACUUCUCUUAUUCAGCCUACAAGACACGCACAUGUUAAACAGUCGAUCGCGGUACCAACAAGGUAAUGACCCCGACGUGAUCUCCUGCGUGCAUGCUGAAUUUACGAGAAGUCCUUGCAAGAAAUUGAGAUGGCGAAUCCACCAGAGCCGACAAAUAAUUCUGUGGCGCGUCUAGCGGUGCGACCACCACCCUUCUGGCCGCACAAUCCAUCCCUGUGGUUUGCGCAAGUCGAAGCAAAUUUUUCCUAUGCGGGUAUCACGGUCGACGACACGAAAUUCGCGCUCGUGGUCAGCCAACUAGAUCACCAGUACGCCGCUGAGGUUCAAGAGAUCAUAAUUAGCCCGCCGGGAACGAACAGCUACGACCGAUUGAAAGCAGAACUAAUUCGGAGCGUGUCCGCUUCGCAAGAAGAACGAAUUCGGCAGGUGCUUACCGAAGAGGACAUCGGCGAUGGCAAGACGCGAACCAAAAUUAUCACAUCUGCAAGUCCACCUCCUGAGCAACCACUGCUGCUGUUACCGACUACAGCACAGUGGUAAUAUGCGUCCUGUAAGUUUGUGCUUCGUCACACGCCUACUGAAACCUUUAAACGUCAGUAACUCAUUAUUUGACAUUUAAUAUCAGUAAAUUGUACCUUUUCGGGAGAUCCUCAACCUGCUAAUGAUUUGAAACAGCAUUUAUUUACAGGACACAAGUUAUAAGUUGAGUAUAAUAUAAAACACCAACUCGAGCUUUAUGAAAUUCAAGCCUCAUACAGGUGCUUUAGUCAAAGUAUUUCUAUGAAAGGAGCGCAGCCACAGUACCUCUCAUAACAUAUAUGUAAAUAAAGUCACAUUUAGCCCAAUACUUAACGAUGAAAGUGAUUUUAUUAGAUGUCAUCUGUUAUACAAAAAGUCGGAGUGUAGUACUGGGACUGAAGAGCUAAUAAUGAUAAAGUUUGUUUAUAGCCAGAGGAAACUUCAUAACUGAUAUUCUGGAUCAAUUUUGUAUGCUGAAUUUCUGAGAAGUGUAUUAACAUUGCGAAAAUUGUAAAUCAUUUCCCAAUGCAACUUUCACAGCAGUUGACAGCUCUGUUUUACAAAACAUGGUCUGCACACAAAUAACAGGGGUAAAGAUUUAACAUUUUCCAAAAUAAUAAAAAGCUGUUCUAUCAGUGUCUACCUGCAUCUAUCAUAUUGCAUUAUAAUCUGGAGAAAUACAACACAUAUGCACGUUCAUAGGUUAAUGAAACUUCAAAAGAAGAUUGUUAGAUGCAUUGCAAAUCCGACCCCAAGACAAUAGUGCAGAAAUGAAUGGAGAACUUAAUAUCAUGACUGUCCCUUUACUAAAUAUAUUUGCUACAAUUGCGCACUUGAAAGAAAAUAGUAGUGCACCGUUAAAUACAGUCAUACACGACUACAAUAUGAGCAAUAGGGACAAUUAUUAUCCAUAUAGGAAGGCUCCCAUGUUAACCGAAAAAUAUGGCAUAGCUGUUGAACGCAUUUUGUACAAUAAAUCGCCACAAACAAGAAAAAGCAUUGAAAAGACAUCAGAUUUCAGAAAUAAAUUAAGAGAUUAUUUAGGCCCUUUAUCUCUACAUAGCCUAGAAGAAUAUCUAGACCCUACUGUUUAAUAGACAGGAUCUCCUUCAAAACAAGAAGGACAUCAUAAAAUGUCUGUAUCCCAGGAAGCAUAUAUAUACAAUUACGUAUUUUCUCGUCAGAUAAGAGUGAUCCGGCUGCUGCUUGAUCUUUUUUAAUUCUUCUGGUUUCCCUGGACAGACACGGUGAUGUAGAGUGAGGCUGUCAGAGUGUAAGAUAAUAAAUAAUAGUAGUUUUUAUCGCAGAAGUGAAAUGGUGAAAGUGUAAAACUUUUGAAAAUAUGAAGAUGAGUAUGUGAAUUUUGCGUGGACAUCGAAUUGUUAUUAUUCAUAUUUUUAUCUCAUUCAGCUCAUGUUAAUGAAAUCUUGCAGUAGUGUUUGGUAUUCAUCUAAGGAUGAAACUUUAACUAAAUAAGAUUUAUUUUUGUUAUGUUAUAUGUAAAAAAUGUAAUUGAAAUUUUGUAUAUCCUGA